ACUGCUGUUGUUGCGAUCGGCAGGUUUUCCAGGCGAUUGAGAAGGAAACUGAGUCGUCUCUUCCGAGUUUGCACCAUUCGACUUUCUAGGAGUGGGUUUUCUAGGUGUUAGAGAAGGAAGCUGAGUCUUCUGUGUUGGUUUUUUAGCAUCCGCCUUUCUGGGAGUAGGAUUAAUGGCUGGUUGCCGUUCUCGAGAACGCGAAGUCGUAAGCGAAUAAUCGGCGUUGCGGUUGACGUGAUUGCUAGGUGCGGGCGAUUUCAAGUUGCCAUUACUCUUGCGAGUAUCCUUGUUGUUACGACAGGCGCGAUUUUCUGUCAACUUGGUAGGAGGACGUAUCGGUUGCCCCUUGUGCUCGAUGGUCUUAUUAGCUUCAAGUUCCUUCAUGGGAGCCCUUUUGCGAGGAGGCGAUUUGGACAAAGCCGAUGAGCUAUCGUUCACACUCGCGAUGUGAUUCUCUCCGUUACUACCAGCGUCAGAUCGAGCCGAUUCCAAAUUGCCGACAUUUUUGGGAACAGCUGGAACUUUCUUCUUGCUGGAUAGUGGACGGGGAAGAACCUUCACUUCUCUUUUCCUUUUUGGAUUUGUAGUACUUGGCUUGCUUGCUGGCUUACGUUUACGAGAUUUUGAUGAAGUUGAAGGCGGAUUUUCGGCGUUGGUGUUAGCCUUACUUGCGACCAACUCCGAAUUGCCAUUACUCUCGGGAGGAUCACUGUUAUUAGGACCAAUCGUCCCAUUCUCCGUUGAUUGGGGUGGACGACGAGUUACUUCUUCUUGUUCCCUGUCAGCCGCGUUGUCUCCACGAGUUACUUCUUCUUCCUCCCUUUCAGCCACAUUGUCUCCACGGGUUACUUCUUCUUCCUCCAUAUCAGCCGCGUUGUCUCCACGAGUUACUUCUUCUUCCUCCCUUUCAGCCACAUUGUCUCCACGAGUUACUUCUUCUUCCUCCCUAUCAGCCAUGUCGUCUUCACGAGUUUCUUCAUCUUCCUCCCUUUCAGCCGCGUUAUCUUCACAAAUUACUUCUUCCUCCCUAUCAGCUGCAUUGUCUUCAAGUUCCUCCAUGGGAUAAUCAUUAUCUUCCAGGUCAGAAAAAAUGUCCACCGACUGUGAGCUUUCGUUGUUAUCCGCGGUGCCAUUUUGAGUGUUGUUAUCAGUGUCAGGACGAAAUGAUUUUGAAUUGCCGUUUUUGCGGUCACCAUUUUUCCUGUUUGA